UCCAGCUCAUUUACAUUGCUUCUUUGCCGGGCGGGAUUUCCGCAAUAAUAUCAAGUAUGGCGAAAACAUACGACUAUUUGUUUAAAUUACUGUUAAUCGGAGACUCUGGUGUCGGGAAGACCUGCGUCCUGUUCAGGUUUUCGGAAGACGCCUUCAAUUCAACGUUUAUCUCAACUAUAGGCAUUGAUUUCAAGAUUAGGACAAUAGAGCUUGACGGCAAGAAGAUAAAGUUACAAAUAUGGGAUACAGCUGGUCAGGAACGCUUCCGAACAAUCACAACAGCCUACUACAGAGGUGCAAUGGGCAUCAUGCUCGUCUACGACAUCACAAACGAAAAAUCCUUUGAAAAUAUCAAGAACUGGAUAAGGAAUAUAGAAGAGCAUGCGUCAGCGGACGUUGAGAAGAUGGUCCUUGGCAACAAAUGUGACAUCAAUGACAAACGGCAGGUGUCCAAAGAGAUGGGGGAAAAGCUUGCACUAGAGUAUGGAAUAAAGUUCAUGGAGACCAGCGCAAAGUCCAACAUCAACGUGGAAAAUGCGUUUUUGACGCUCGCCAGAGACAUCAAAUCAAAAAUGGACACAAAAUUGGAGGGCAACACACCGCAAGGAAGCAGUCAGGGCGUAAAGAUCUCAGAGCCUCAGAAAAAGACCAGCUUCUUCCGCUGUAGCCUACUCUGAGGACUGAGGCCUUUCAUACUGACUGGACAUAAAUAGACUGUUCUUGCUCUUAGCACUUCCUCCCCCUUUCUCUCCAGCUAUGGUCAGUCCUAAAAGCCCACAUAAGCCAUUAUAUUGUCAGUAAAUGGAGGACUUCCCCUCCUUGCUUCCUCUUCUGAAAGCUUCCAGAGUUUCAUCUUUUCCAUUUUAAGGAUAAAUGUUGACUUCAUGAGUCACGGCGCUCUGCUGGUUGGAGGACUCAGCCAGGAGCAUUAUCCAGAUGUUCCAUUUAACACAAAGGAAGAUGUUAGUCUCUUCAUUAUCCUCACUCACUCAUUCACACAACCGGUAGCAGAACCAGGGAUGAGAAGUCAUUAAUAGUUUGUGGACUGGAUUACAAAUGUGAUAUAUUUAGAUCUAUUUUUAAUAGCACUCUUUCCCUUUUUUUAUGUGACAAAUUUCAACCAGAGGCCGAUGAGCUUGAAAUGCUGUGAAACAGAGCUGUACAGGUUUCCUUUUCACUGUCAGUCAAGGAUCAGACAGAAUGAGCUGAGAGCACUGCUCUUGUUGUCCUUGACAAUCAUUUUUUUGUGACUGAAAAUGAUUACUCCACCAUUGGUGCAUUCUCCUCCUUUCAGUGAGUGAUGAAGAUGAAUAUAUUAUCUUAAACUACAGUUUAGGUUUUUGUCAUUCUAAUGAUGAAAAUGCAAAUACUCUGUUUAGGAACAUUUCUUGAUGUAGCAAAUGACCAGUCUUAAAUUUGUAAUAACAGGAUUACUGUGACAAUGAGUCCUUAAUUUAUAGUUUGAAAUCACAGCCUGUUUGAAGCCACUAAAGAUGUCCUAAAAUAAUCAGUUUAUUGUCACAUGAGGCAGAAAAGCAGCAAUCUCAUUUGUGAGACACUUUGUGUCUCAGUGUUUUAAGCUUUCAGAUUGAUGUCUGAAUUUUUUCUGUCAGCUCUUAGUCACAGUUAAGCUGAAUGACGUCUCUGGUUGUUUGAUGAGCAGUUAAAAUCACUUGAAGUUUCACACUGUAAGCCCCUUCUGCCCCUUCCCUGCUGUCAUGCAGCUCUCCUUGCACUUUACCAGUAAAUUGUGGUUUGUGUGUAGUCUGUGCCAAGUGAUAGUUUUGCAAUACAGUACAGCUAUAAAUUUCUUUGCUCCUUUUGAGUCUUGGUAAUAUAAAGGACAUAUAUUACCAACAUUUUACAACACCCAAAGGACUUGAUCUCCUCUGGUAGUUCACAGCUAGCAGUCCACUGCCCUGUUAUUAGUUCUCUUAAAAACGUUUCCUUACUCAGACUGUAAGUUAUUUCAGCAUAUAUCUGCGUUUAAAAGAUAAAAGUCUUUCAACCUCUCUUUUUUAUACUACUGUGCUUGCCAACCUAUAGUUUAAAAGUAAUAUUUUAUGAGUUUACAUAGAGAUGGCUUGAAUUAAGCUAAAGAUGGCCAUGUUUGGGGUAUUCUGCAUUCUUUUACAGGUUUGUUUUUCCCCAUUGUGGACAUUAGAUCUGACAGCUAGGUGGCGCCAGAAGCACACGGUGCAUCUUAGGUAACUGCCAAACUUCAAAUAUGAAUCAGUAUUUUAUUAGAGACAGCUAAUCUGGGGAGUGUGAUGCAAUUAUGUACACUCCACCUGUGUUGAGCUUAGAUGUGGAUUCUCAGUCUGUUUCUAUGUUUAUGUCAGUCUUAAAAUCAAGUUCCUACAUGCACAGUAUUGAGGGACAAUAUGUUUCAUGCACCUUUUGUAAUAUCAAAUAAUUUGGGACCUCAUGAAUACCAUGGCCAUUUGUCUUAACCACUAGUAAUCUAUUCUGUCAUAGGUGAGCUAUGCAUUGUGAAUCUCGGACCUGUGCGUGUGUGUAAUGUACUUUUUUUUUCAGACAUACCUACAGAGCUGUACGGUUGAAUGUAUGGGCUUUUUGAUAUUUUUGUUUUGUGUCAUUCACUGAGCCAAAAAGAGAGGACACGCUCUGUUUAUUUAAAGCUGCAUUGGUGCAUCAGUGCAGGUGAAAUUUAGCACAGCGGGGUACUGUUGAGCGGGAAGAGAGCGGGUGUCGAACUGUGAAGACGGCACCGUUUUGUUCGAGCUUUAAGUCAUAAACAGAAACAUAGGGAGCAAACUUUUAUGGGACUCGAGCUGUAUAAUUUUUUUUCUGAAAUAUGAUACUUCCUCUUUGAUUUUGUUUUUAAGUCAUAUCUUUUGUUUUCUUGAAAUGUUUCCCUUUUUACAGCCAUAUUUUAUUCCAUCAGUGUGAAGUACACAGGGACAAUAAUACGAAAAAUCAACAAAACAUUGUAAAUAUCACUAAAAAGUAGGUCUGCUUAAAUUGUACUGUACUUUCUAAACCCAUAUAAAAUGUAUCUACAAUUUUGUAGAUAUGUGAACUUUUGAUUUAAUAAAAUAAGGUUAUAAAACUAA